UACUAACGUUAUAAUAGUGUUUGCUACAAUCCGUGUUUUCCAGCAUCCGCGGGGGCUUAAAACCGAUCUGCGGAUACGGGAGUCCUACUACAGCGAGGCUUCGUAACCUUUCGGGCGGGAGUUCUCGGCUCUGCUACGCGUUUAAGCCACGAAAGCUUGCAGAAAUACUGUAGUUAAGAUUUACUGGGUGAAAUUCAGUAGUAAAUCUGACCCUACGAACGGGGUGGGAGACACUGAAAUGCGUCGUUGGGUCGCGUAGCUCUCCCCAUUCGGCUGCGGGCGCGCCUGCCAAGCGGGCGCCGAAAGAGGGCAGGGACUAGGCCUCCUCACUGCUUCCUUCGCGCCUCAGCCAAACGAACGACGAAGGCCUCGCCCACCCCUCCGCAAGAUUCUUCGCUUGGCCAAUGAGUUCAUGGCCGCCACUCCCGACGGUGGCGAUAAACGUUGUUUUCAUCCAAUCCAAUCCAAGAUGCCUCGCUAAUCCCCUCCUGCUCCCCAACUAAAACGACCCGGGAGAGGUGGAACCAACCAUUUAAAGAACAUGGCCAAUGACCGCUCGAGUUACGACGCAGAGACUAGUUAUGAAUGACAGAACUCUUAUCCAACCCACUCUGAGCUCCGACUUUUAACACCGCCAGUCACAGACCUCAAGGCUGGCAAACUUCCUUUUCCUGUCGUUCGGGCCUCCUGAAAGCUAGGAAUGACGAGUUCACCGUCGAAUCAGAUAAGCAAAACGGUUAAGGAAGGCGGGUUUUCCGCUUCCGGUGCUCUAAGCUGCAGUUCCAGCCUCCCUUGUAGUGACAGACCUUUCGUGCAAUGAGAACGGCGGGGUGCGAUUAAACCAUCCAAUGGACGCCAAGUGGGUGGAGCUGGAAUUUGCAGGAGGUUCCAAGAUGGCGGGGGCUGCGUGAGGCGCGAUUUUCCGCGCGCGGUUCUCUUUCGCUGGCGCUCGCCGCCAUGAAGGGCAAGGAGCGUUCCCCUGCCAAGGCCAAACGGUCCCGGGGCGGCGAGGAUUCUUCCUCGGCGCGGGGCGAGCGGAGCAGUAAAAAACCAAGCAACGGCGGCGGGAAAUCGACGGGCGGAGGCUCUGGGGAGGGCGGCGGCGGCGGCACCAGUAGCAGCAGUCGGCGGAGCCUCCACCUGGAUUCAUUGACUACCGGCACGGUGGGCAGCUCCGGUGGUGGUGGCGGGAGCAGCAGCCGUCAUGGAUACAGCGGCGGCGGCAGCAACAGCAGCAGCAGCAAGAACGCCGAGUCCUCCUCUUCGCGUGGCAGCAGCAGCCGCGGCGGCGGCGAUUCCCGGGCGCCCCCCUCCGACUCCGGCAGCAGCAGUGAGUACAAGACGCUCAAGAUCAGCGAGUUGGGCUCGGCGCUGAGCGACGAGGCGAUCGAGGACGGCCUGUUCCACGAGUUCAAGCGCUUCGGAGACGUCAGUGUCAAGAUCAGCCGCCUCCCGCCCGGGACGGGCACUGGCGACGAGCGGGUGGCCUUCGUCAACUUCCGCCGCCCGGAGGACGCCCGCGCCGCCAAACAUGCUCGCGGCCGCCUGGUUCUCUACGACCGGCCGCUGAAAAUCGAAGCUGUCUAUGUGGGGGCCAGUAGCGGCGGGGGAAGCGGCCGGCGCCGCACCAGCCGAUCCCCGGCCAUUUUAGACAAGGAGCCCUAUGGAGCCGCCGCGGUGGGUGUUCCGGCAGGUGCGGCAGCUACUCUCCGGCAUCCCCCGACGGGAGCUACGCAGCGGGCGCUCUCCCCUGCUGGCGGAGGAGCAGGCUUAGGGUACCGAGACUUCAGGCUGCAGCAGCUUGCCUUGGGCCGCCUGCCCCCGCCACCUCUGCCUCGGGAGUUGGAAAGAGAACGGGACUAUGGGGGCUUCUAUGACCGGGUGAGGCCUGCCUACAGCCUCGAUCGAGUUGCCGGGGUGGCAGCAGCUGCCUUUCGCGGAGUGGGUGGCACAGGAACAGCCAGCGAGGAAGAGAUAAGUCCUGAAGAUGACCAGAGAGCCAACCGCACACUAUUUUUGGGCAAUCUCGAUAUAUCAGUGACCGAAUCAGACCUCCGGCGGGCAUUUGACCGCUUUGGAGUUAUAACUGAAGUGGAUAUCAAGAGGCCAACCCGAGGUCAGACUAGCACUUACGGAUUUCUCAAAUUUGAAAACUUGGAUAUGGCCCAUCGGGCUAAAUUAGCCAUGUCUGGUAAAGUGCUGCUGCGUAAUCUCAUCAAAAUUGGCUAUGGUAAGGCCACCCCUACAACACGGCUUUGGGUGGGUGGUCUGGGACCUUGGGUGCCAUUGGCUGCUCUUGCCAGGGAGUUUGACCGUUUUGGCACUAUUCGCACCAUUGAUUACCGUAAAGGUGAUUCAUGGGCCUAUAUCCAGUAUGAGAGCUUGGAUGCUGCACAAGCUGCUUGCACCCACAUGCGUGGCUUUCCUUUGGGUGGGCCAGACCGUCGUUUGCGGGUGGACUUCGCUGACACGGAGCAUCGCUAUCAGCAGCCCUAUUUGCAGCCAUUACCCCUUCCACCCCCUACCCACUAUGAGUUAGUUGCAGAGACAUCUGCCUUUGGGGCACAUCGAGCUCCACCAGAUCCACUCCGAGGUGCUCGGGAUAGGACCUCACCACUGCUGUAUGAGCGUGACAGAGAUUUAUAUUCUGAGACAGAAUGGGUGCCUCCCCCACCUCCAGUUCGAGACAGAACCAAUAGAGCAACUGUUUAUGAUGCACUUGAAAGUCUGGAGCGCCGACGAGAUGGUUGGUCUUUGGAAAGAACUCGUGGGGAAAGGGAGCUAGGCAGUAGCACCAGGGACCCACCUCGAAAGCGAAGGAUAGUGGAGGAUGGAGGAAGACAUUUGGACCGUUCACCAGAUAGUGAACGAUCAUCUUCAUCCCGAAAGCGACACUGCCCUGCUGCAGCCUCUCCACAAGACCGAAGUCCUGAACCAGGUAUAGGCAGAGACCGCUACAGUAGUGAUACAGAGCGGCCAUCUUCCCGUCUGCUUCUGUUGGAUCGCCCUUCGCCCAUCAGAGAGCCACGUAGGGGUAGUUUGGAGAGGAGCCAGAGUGAUAAGCGUGAGCACAAGAGUUCAGUAGAAAGGGAAAGAAAACAUCGCACGCUCACAUUAGCUGCUACCCAAGAAUGCAAGAGCCCAGCUAAAAAGGAUGAUCACACUACUGAAGGAAGCAGUAGUGGGGGAUCUCGGCUGAAGCCUCCACCCCAAAAGCAGCAGCAACAGGAUGGAACCACAAAGUCUGUGUCAUCCUCUAAAUUGUGCUUGGCCUGGCAAGGAAUGCUUCUGUUGAAGAACAGCAACUUCCCAUCCAACAUGCACCUCCUUCAGGGGGAUCUGAGUGUGGCCAGCAGUCUCUUGGUAGAAGGAGCAACUGGUGGCAAAGUAGCCCAGCUAAAGAUCACUCAGCGUCUCCGUUUGGACCAGCCCAAAUUGGAUGAAGUCACUCGUCGUAUCAAAGUGGCCGGGCCUAAUGGAUAUGCUAUACUUCUAGCUGUGCCUGGUACCACAGACAACCGUGCCUCAUCUGGGGCUGGUGAAGCUAACACCACCUCCACACAGCGGCCACUCAGAAACCUGGUGUCCUAUCUUAAACAAAAACAGGCAGCUGGAGUGAUAAGCCUCCCAGUAGGAGGCAACAAAGACAAAGAAAACAGUGGCGUCUUGCAUGCUUUCCCACCCUGUGAUUUUUCUCAGCAGUUUCUGGAUACUACAGCCAAGGCCCUGGCUAAAUCAGAGGAUGACUAUUUGGUCAUGAUCAUUGUCCGUGGUGCAUCUUAAAGCCCUAAUGCUUUCUGUGCUCUAUCCUGUUGCUUCACAAGCCCGUCUCCCUUUCAGUGUCUGCCAGGUGCUAUGCGAGAAGCCUUAGCCAGUUACCCAAGUAUAAUUUUUAAUUAGAUGUGUAGCUAAUAUUCUUUCUGUAAUUUUCUCUACACAGUUUAGAAGGCAGACAUGUUAGCUGUUCAUUAGUAGAGUUAGGCUACCUUUGACUAUCUUCCUGAUGUGCAGGUAGCAGGAAAGAAAGGUCUGCUUUAACGAAAAUAUGGAAUCCAGAAGAAUACUGUCUCUUUUUUCUUUUUUAGCUUUUAAUUUCUUGUCCUUUUUCAUUUCAUAACUUUACAGUAGGCAAAAAAAGAAAAAACUACCCUACACUUAGAAAUCUAAUGUGCCGGAUUUAAAGCAUGUGUGGUUUAUGUGGAAGCAUAUGCUAAGAAAGAAAAGUAAAUUCCCAUUCUGAGCCCUUUAAGUAUUCAGUGAAGGCCUUGCACUUGAAAGCCUGAAAUCAAUAUUAUUCCUGCAUCAAGAAUCUAAAAUUAAAAUUUGAAUUCAGUUAACUAACAGGUCAUAUGCCCAGAGGCAGCUGAUACUUAAGCCCUGUGAGAUAUGCUUUUCACUGGCAAUUUUUUUUGGUCACGUUAGAGAUGCAUGCCCACAACAAAAGCUUCUAGCAGGUCUAUUCUGUUCAUUUGAACCUCAUGCAUUUGAGGUUGUUGUGAUACAUGAUAAAGAGCAGACAACUUCUUUACAAUUCACAAUCAUUUUGUGCUUUAGUAUGCAAGAAGCAGAUGCUUUUUAAGACAAAUGUGAAUGCUUUUUUCCCUUGCUCAUUGGGGUAGGCACAGUGAAUUCCAAGUUGGAAACGCAAUUCUCAGAGAGGGAGCUUAAUUUUUAUGAGAAGGUCUGCCAGAGAGCUAUUUCAGUAUUGCUUCAUCCCCAUGAAAAUUGAAAUAAAUGCUACCUGCCAAGUA